AUGCCACCAUUUCAUACUCGACCACCUUUUAACCCCUCCGUGGAGGAGGUGCGCGAUGAGACGGAAAAUCUUACCAGCUAUGACGCAACGCCGUCCGAUUCUGGAUCUUCUUGGCCUGAGCUAUGCGCACAACACGAGUCAGUCCUCUCGUCUCAUCUGAAGACGCUACGGGCUCUUCAAGAGCAGCUGCGGGCUUCCUCUGAUCCAGAGGGAUCGAAACUAGUAUCCUCGAUGGUUGAGAGGACGAAUAAGCUCUGUGUGCAGUUCGAAACUGUCAAGAAACACAUAAUCCCAAGAAUACAAGGAGGAGUCUCUGCCUCUGCUUGGACGGCGCGCACACCGCCAGAUGAUUCCUAUUCGUCCCGAUCUUCCUCAAAGCAAGAUGACCUCACUGGGUCGAAGAGGAGAAAACGGGCGAGGCGUUCCAACGACAACGAGCCGAAACCGGAGCUCGGCGAAGAACUACUGCCAGAGGCCUUGCCACUCUCCCAGCGCUCGAAGCGCAAGAGGAUGGAUCUGGCUAUCCCUGGGAGCAAUGAGGAUGUGCGAAAUGCCAUGCCAGUGGCACUUGAGACGGAAGAUAUCUCUGAUGAGGUACAGAGGCGGCUCAAGAUCAAAGAGGAGCAACGCAAGAAGCGAGAAACGGACGUCAAGCCUGGGAAGCGGAAGAGAGACCGCGAUAGUCUCGCUUCGAAUGGGAGCUCCUCGUCUCUGUCACUAGGGGUGAAGCCCAGAAAGAAGUUUAAGCUCGGCGAGAGAGCUAAUGGUUGA